AUGAAAAACAAAAAAGAUAGGAGAAGGUGCAAGGGUGCACAAGUGGUAGAAGGGCAAGCUAAGGAGGCCAAGAAGAAAGACAUCAUGAUCUCUUACAAAGGAGUGAAAAAGUUAAUGCUUGCCCACAAGAGUGUGUUUGUAGCUUAUUUUAGUGGGUUUUCUCCAUCCAUUCAUAGUCUAACCUCUAGUUGUGCUCUAGACUUGUCUUUAGUCUUAUAUGAGUUCCAAGAUGGUUUUCAAGAUCCUCCCAAGGGGCUUCAACCUCUAAAAGGUAUUGAACACCAAAUUGAUUUCAUUCAAGGAUUUUCUUUGCCUAAUAGACCAGCAUAUAGGACCAACCCCGAGGAAUCUAAAGAGAUCAAAAAGCAAACGGGAAUGGAAAAAGGGUGGGUGCAACAUAGCACAAGUCCUUAUGUCAUGCCUGUGAUUCUUGUUCCUUAA